AUGGCCGGAGGGUUUAUCGCCGAGUAUUCGACCUGGCGGUGGGUGUUUUGGGCUACGUCUGCUGCUGCUGUCGUGGUGCAGAUUGUUGGGGUGUUCUGGUUGAGGGAGUGUCAACCCGGGACGAUUCUACGGAGGAGACGAGAUGCUCUUGUCAAGGAGACAGGGAACCAGGAGCUUCAUACCGCGGAGAAAGUCGAGAGUCUGGGAUACAAGCUCCUUCAUGCGUUUGAGCGGCCGGUGCGCAUGUUCACGACUCAGCCGAUUGUCUUCUGUAUGGCGCUUUAUAUGGCGUACGUCUUCGGCGUGACGUAUUUGAUGUUUGCGACUUUCCCGGAUAUAUGGACUGAGGUGUACCAUGAGAGCUCUGGGAUUGGGGGCCUCAAUUAUCUGUCCAUCGCGAUUGGGUCGUUCAUCGGGCUGUUUUUGAACCUCAAGCUGGUGGACCGGAUCUAUCGUGGUCUUAAAGCCCGGAAUAAUGAUGUUGGCAAACCUGAGUUCCGAAUGCCGUCGUUGGCUGUCGGGUCGGUGAUCAGCAUCGUUGGGCUGUUCUGGUAUGGUUGGAGCAUUGGACAUACUCAUUGGAUUAUGCCGAAUAUCGGUGCGCUGAUCUAUACCAUGGGCACGAUCUCCUGCUUACAGGGCAUGCAGACGUAUAUUGUGGACAGUUAUCAGACUUACGCGGCUAGUGCUUUGGCUGCUUGUGCUGUGCUGAGGAGUUUGUGCGGCUUUGGAUUCCCGCUCUUUGCUCCUUAUAUGUAUAACGCCCUGGGGUAUGGUUGGGGUACCAGUGUGUUGGCGUUCACGGCUAUGGUUUUUGGAUUGGGCGGGCCGUUUGUCUUCUGGAGAUUCGGGCCCCGGUUGCGUGCCAUGUCUGACUAUGCCUCUGGUUGA